UAUCUGUACGUAAAAACUUAUUUUGUAUUAUACAUAGUACAAUUGUUAUUGCACGUAAUUUUUUUCACACUCGUAUAUACCUCCAUAUUGUUUAAUGUUUUCAUUGUUAAUGUUGAAAUUUCGAUGAAUAUAUUUUGCUUCUAUAAAUUAACGAAGUUCAAUAGGUUAAAUUGAUUCAAAAGUUAUAAUAAUGUAAAUUAAUGAUAGCUAUAUCCAAGUAUUUGUCGGAGUUUUAGAAAAGUUAGACACAUUUUAAGAUAAACUGUGUUCUUCUUUGGCAAAUCUAGUACAUUGUUAAUGAUGUUUCGUCUUCAAACUAAAUGUUUUUCUUUGUGUGGUGUUACACGUGUAAUUUCAAAUAUAAAAUAUUUUCCUAGAUGUUCAUAUUAUUCGAAUACAGAUAUCAAAGAUCAAUCAAUUUCUUCAAAAUUAUUUAUUAUUCAAAAAAGAAAGAAAUCUAUUUAUCAAGUAAUUGACAAACAACAUGCUUAUCAUUAUCAUCCUAGUAAUAAGCCAUUGAGAGAUGAAACAAUCGGUCAAUUGUUAGAAGAAGCUGCAAAAAAAUGGUCUAAUCACGAGUGCAUAGUUUCUCAUCAUCAAAAUAUACGAUUAACUUUUUCCGAUGUGCUUCUUCGUGUUGAUAAAUUAGCAGCUGGAAUGAAGAAAUUAGGUUUCCAGAAAGGCGAUAGAAUUGGCAUAUUUGGUCCGAACGAUAUCGAGUGGUUUAUUACAUUUCUUUGUGCCACUAGAUUGGGUCUUAUUACCGUUGCAAUCAAUUCGGCUUAUCAACGAGAUGAAUUAAUUUAUUGUUUACAAAAAGUUGGAGCCAAAGGCAUCGUCUUACCUGCGAAAUUUAAAACACAAAAUUACGUGAACAUGGCCUUGAGCGCCAAAGAAUUUUGUCCCGACUUGGAGCAUAUCAUUGUAUGGUCAAAGGAUCACGUAACUGGUACCCGCCGUUUCGUAGACGUAGAAUCUUUAGCAAGCAAAAUCGAGGUUGAAGCUGUCUCUGCGGAACAAGGUAACGUCUCCUCUUACGACGCCUGUAACAUACAGUUUACUUCCGGAACGACUGGAAAACCGAAAGCUACCUUACUGUCUCAUAGAUCCUUCGUGAAUAACAGUGAACAGGCAGUGAACAGAAGAGAGUUACAACUGGGCCACAAAAGUUGUUUAAACGUUCCGUUAUUCCACGCAUUUGGACUUAUUUUUGGGCAAAUAAGUGGCAUACUUUCAGGUUGUACGACGAUUUUAGAAUCACGUUCGUUCGAUCCUGUUAAGUCCUUACAAGUUAUGGUCGAAGAAAAAUGCAACGUGACUUAUGGAACUCCAACAAUGUGGAUAAACUUGAUAGAUACUCAACAACUAUUACGUUUGCCUGUACAAGCUCGUAUGGGUGUAAUCGGUGGUGCAUCUAUACCUUGUGAACUCCACAAACGUAUUAAGGAUGUCCUUGGUAUCGAUGAUAUGAAGAUAAUUUAUGGGCUCACUGAACUUACAGGAGUUACUUUUCAAAGUUUACCUGGAGAAGAUAAAACAUUAACUCAGAACACGGUGGGAUAUGCAUCGGAUAAUAUCGAAGUUAUGGUCGUUAAUGAAAAGGGUGAUCCAGUACCAUUUGGAUCACCAGGUGAACUUUGGGUACGUGGUUAUAGUUCUAUGAUUUGUUAUUAUAAUGAUCCCGAAAAUACUAAAAAGACUUUGACCGAGGAUGGCUGGUUGAAGACUGGUGACCAAUUUAUUUUACAAUCUAAUGGAUAUGGUCAGAUCGUAGGAAGAAUAAAGGAUAUUAUUAUUCGCGGAGGAGAAAAUAUUUUCCCUAGGGAGAUCGAAGACUUUUUAAUUACUCAUCCAAGUAUAGCAGAAGCUCACUGUGUAGGAGCUUAUGACGAAAUAUUUGGAGAAGAAAUUUGCGCAUGCAUUCGUCUUUUUAAAGGUACGAGUUUAAGCAAAGAGGAAUUAAAAGCAUAUUGCAAAGGGAAAAUAGCACAUUUUAAAAUACCAAGAUACGUUGUCUUCGUCGAAAAAUAUCCGAAAACUAUAAGCGGAAAAAUACAAAAGGCUAAACUUAAAGAGGAAUUAGAAAGUAAAGGUGUUAUACCUACCACACCUAAAUAAAAAAAAAAGCAACAUUUAAAUAUUUAUUUUUAUAUGAAAUAACAAGAAUAUUUCAUUAAAGCAAAUU